CAUUAUGGAAUUUGCCUUCAAUUGACAAGGCUCUCCAUUUGGGCAAGAAAAUGCUAUUGCCUGGACUAUUUGAUGUUAUGCUGUACUGGACAUGCAAGACCCACAGAGAAAUGACUGCUGAACUUACCAAAAGAAGCUGAGACAGUCCUUGGGGGUUUCUGCUUCAUGAAAGAGUCUGCUAGACAUUCUGCAGGACACAGAAGAAAGUGACUGACAAACUGUCAAUAUAGGUGAAACUGUCUUUGAAAUUUCUUGACUGUCUUAUUUGGAUCCAAAUGGCUAGGCUACCUAGUACCUAUUAUCCCCUGCUCUAUCCACUUAAGGAAUGGGAAUGAUUGUCCAUAUUGAUUCUGCCAGAUGUGUGACUCCCACAGGACCAUGAGCCCUUAUGGGGAAAUGGGCUCAUUUUAUCAUUGAGAAGAUCUCACCAAGAUCACAAUAACCAUGGAGUCUCACAAUCGUGAUGGAGAGCUCAUCAUCAUUGAGGCCACUGGGUUAUUUGUCUGGAUGUUGGCUGUCCAUAUCACCACAAUGGAGAUAACCACAUGCAAUGGCAUCAUAUAGGACCUCUAUCCUCAUCACAAAGUUGGUACUAAGAUUAUUUUCUUGAGGUCGAUGGACACCGGGAAUGAACAGCUGGCCCCAGAGAGCCCUGAGAGCACCACCGAGGCUGCUGACCUAGUCACCAAUACACCACUGGAGGAGACACAGCAGUCCCUGCAGACUGGAGUCAACACAACAACAGCCAUGAACAGUGAGGCCAAGACCCAGCAGCCAGCUGCUGCCCCUGGUGCCAUCCUCAGUGCUGCAGACACCAAGCCUGACUCUAUGAGCAGCAGCACAGACAGUGACAUCCCAGGCAGUCUCACAUCGGCAGUGCCAGCCUUCGGGGAGAAGACGCUCAUAGCAAGGAAGGUUUUGGGGACAGUGAAAUGGUUCAAUGUAAAGAAGGGUUACGGUUUCAUCAACAGAAAUGACACCAAAGAAGACAUAUUUGUACACAAGUCUGCCAUAAAGAAAUAUGCCACCAAGAAGCACCUUCGCAGUGUAGGAGACGGAGAGUCUGUGGAGUUUGAUAUUGUUGAAGGGGAAAAGGGUGCAGAGGCUGCAAAUGUUAUGGGCCCUGGUGGAGUGCCUGUUCAAGGCAGUAAACAUGCUUCAGAGCAUAACCAGUAUAGAUGCUAUCCAGGUCGUAGGGGUCGUCCACGCAAUUCCCAGAAAUAUUACGGGAAUAGCAAGAGUGGGGGUAAGAAGGAGCAAUCAGAAUGCACUCAUGAAGGCCAAGCUCAACAAGACCAGCAAAGACAAGUGAUGGAGGGUGCUGGCCACCAUGGUACAAACGGGCGAAGUGCACCAGUUAGACCGGAUAUGUAUCGUAAUUACAGAACACAGUUCCGCAGGGGCCCUCCUCGCCAAAGACAGCCCAGAGAGGACAGCAAUGAACACUAUGAGGAAAAUCAAGGAGAGGAGACGGAAGGUCAGCAGCCACCUCGACAUCAACAUCCCUACAACAUCAAUCACCAACGAAGGCGCCCAGAGAACCCCAAGCCACAAGGUGGGAAAGAGAUACCAAAAGCAUCAGAUCCACCAGAUGAGAAGCUGUCUACCCCCAAGACUGAGUAG